ACAGAAAAGCUCCGAAGAAGAACGCCUUUUCACGAGUGUAGCUACUUGUUUUAACGGAGCGCCUGAAAAACGUCAGCCCAUGAUGAUCUGAGGCAGACAGAAUAUCACCGUGAAUAUUUACUUAGCAGUUAUCAUAAGCCAGCCAUGCCUCUAGUGUCUGAUUCAGACUCUGAUGGGGAAUGGAGCUACCACAAAAACAAGAAAUAUCAGAAAUUUGAGACGUUUGCCAAAUUUCGUCUUUCAGAGAAGCAUUUUGAUCGAUGGGGCUCCAUACCCCUGAAAACCAAGAGAGAAGGCGCUCAGCGAAUGAGAGUCUGUGUCUUCUGGUUUCCCGUCUUGCUGCAGCCAGAUAACUCCAAAACCUUUGAUUGGGCCGUAGAAGUUGGUUUAAUCAAUGCCCUGAACAGUGAAAAGCUUAACGUAGAGAACCUACGCAAGAUACAAGUGGUUGAAACAAUCCUUUUAAACCUGGAAGUGGGAACUUUUGAGAAAGAAUCUUCCAGACAUGUUUUCAGCUUAUGCAACAAUUUGCAUCUGCGCUGUUCUCCAGAGAUCCUGGAAGAAACUGUCCGCUGGUUGGAGAAGUCAGGAGAUUAUUUCAAACGAGAACAGCUGCAGUGCCUCGGAGGCUUUCCAAACUGCUACGCAACCUUCGGCUUUAUCUUCUCAGAGUAUGCUAAGUUUAUUCGGGAAAUGAGUAACAACCUGGACAUUACGAUGAAGGCCCUGAAGGCCCCACCGGAUGAAAAUUCUGCAGAGAAAAGUGAAGCAAUGAAGAAGAUUGGAAAUACAAAGUUUCAGGAGCAGCAGUAUGGAGAAGCAAGGAGGUUUUACACCAAAGCCAUAAAGUUUUAUCCUGACAACCACAUACUGUAUGGAAACAGAGCCCUGUGUUAUAUCAAGCAGAGGGAAUAUCUAAAAGCAGCAGGUGACGGGAAACGUGCCAUUCUCAUCGAUCCGCUCUGGGCAAAGGGCCAUUACCGAUACUGUGAGGCCUUGUUCUGCAUGGGGGAGAUUAAUUUAGCCCUUGAAGCCCACAGCACUGCUAAGUCACUGUGUAAAGAUAACCCAGAGGGACUCAGAGACCUGGACCAACAAUACCUGAAGUUUAAGCCAGAGCCUCUACCUGCUGAACUGCGACAGUCGCCUCAAAGCUUUAAAGUCGGGUUAGUGAAAAAAAUCCAACAGCCGACAAAAACAGGCGGCAAAAGUAAUCCGACAAGAAAUACAGCGACUAAGGUCACUGAGGUUAAAAUGGACAGAAAGACGGAGACAUUUGAAGGUGCUUCUGAACCAGAGGGAAGGUUGAAGGACUCAAAAACAUCUAAAAGUGAGAGAGAAGAGCUCAGCAGCUCAGCAAAGAGCAGAAGUAACCAAAAGCAGAAAGCAAGCCAGAAGACGCCGGACAACAGAGAGAACUUGUGCAAAGAGUUGAAGUUUCUGGUUCAGGAGGCCCACAGCGCCUUGUCUGACCUCCGCAGCCGCAACGCAGAGGAGGCCUUCAGCCAGGCCCUGGGCCUGCUGGAACAUGCAACACCCAAGAACCUUGGAUUUUCCACACUGGAUGUACUUUUGUUGCUGUUUGGACGAGCCUCGGCCUUGACAGAGAUUGGACAGCCUGAGGAACUUGCAGAAGCAGAGAAACUCCUUGAGAAGAUGAAAUCGUUUGAGGAGCGGACGUUUCAGUGUCUGGUUUACUACGCCAUCGGCAGGGUGUUCCUCAGAGAAAACAGGUUUAAAGCUGCCAUGCAGCAGUUUUCAGAUUCACUGCAAAUGGUGAAGAAUCAAAUAACACCGGGAAAACUCACCUGGCCUUUGACCAAACAGAUUGUUAAAGAAACGCAGCCGGACCAUUUCAAGGAGAUGCUUGAGAAUGCUAUAGAGCUGUGCAGAUUUCCACCUGCUCCUGAUGCUGUUUGUCGUCUUGGAAAAUGUCUUUGCACUCUAAAAACUGAGAUUUACUUCACCGACCCAGAUUUUAAGGGCUACAUUCAGAUAUGCUGCUGCCAGAGCUGCAUGGUUGAAUUUCACAUCAACUGCUGGAAGAGCCUGAAGUCAACAAAGUUCUGUGAGAAGAAUGAAAAGGAUAUCCUUAAUGAGGCGUGUUUGACUCCUGACUGUAUGGGUAAAAUCUGCUAUAUAAGAAUUUUUGGUCCCACAGGUUUGUUGAAAUGUAAGUUUGAAACAACGAUAACUAAAGCAGAGAGGCCCAGGAAACCCAAGGUGAACCAGAAGGCCACAAGUGUAAAGAAGUUAAAGUCAAAGGAGAAUCACAAGCAGAAGAGGAAACAGUUCAAACAGACGUUUAAGGAUAAGCAGACCAGCAGCGAUGAGAUUCUGCAGAACAAAGACAACUCAGCAACACAGAGUCAACAAAAAGCCUGGUUGGUGUACAGAGAUCGAGUUCUGCUGCAGAUCAACCAGAACAUGGACCUUCUGAGGGAGGAGCGGGGCCUCCAGGUUUCCGCGCUGACCAGGAGCCUCCAGCCCUGGUUGGAGCUGGACUGGUCGAGGGGGAACCAUAUUGCCAGUAGGCUGCUGAACUGGCAGCAGGAACAGCUGGACACUUUGGGCCAAGCUCUGGAGCUGCUGCUGGAGAGGAAGAGCCGGGUCUGGGCUCGGGUUUUUAUUCAACAACUUAGCAGCUGUGUAGGUAUAAACUCCAAACUGAGCAACUGGGCGUGUCAGCUCAACAACGCAGGUCUGCACGCAGCCCAGUCCUUCAUCGAUCGGCACUCGGAACGCCUGGAGCAGCUAGAUCUGGCUAUUCUUCUGAACUUUGACCCUUUAAAAGAAAUGAUUUUAGAAAAACUUGACACUAAACCGGAAUUUUUUUCAAGCCUUGGCUUGACUGUGACUGAGUAUCUAAAGCAGGCCUCGGCUCAUGACAUGAGGCUAUUUAUCUGGACUCUGGAGGAGCAUAGAGAGGACUACAGUUCUUGUCACACUAUACUGGAUGAAUAUUUUGAUAUGAUGGAUGGACAUUGUUCUGUGUUAAAAAAGUCUGAAAAUGAACAUAAUUCUCCUACGAGGGCUAAGAGUCGAGGCCGGAAAAAGAAACGAAAGGGUCUUAUUGGGUUGUCCGGGUUGAGAGGAGUAACUCCAAGAGAGGAGUGGGACCAAGACUUUUUUGAAGAUGACUCUUUAUCAUUCCUUCACCCUGGUGACUCAUUUAGUGUUCCCAGUCACCUUCGAGAGCAGGUAGCGGAUUUUGAGGACAAAUACAACAGAAGCAGGAGCAGAACUCCCUAUAGAAAGAUUUUAGACAACAACCCUGAUUCCACUAAAGAAAGAUUGUAUGACUACUUUGCUCAGAUCCUGGAGGAGCACGGCCCCCUGGUGGAGGAGGACCCCCUGCUAGUGGGAGAGUUGCAACACUUUCCCCACGAGGCGAGGAAGAUGAUCGCAGAAGCGGGCGGCUUAGAGACCUUCCUUUUGGAGUCUUUACGAUUCAUUAAGAUAGGAAGGUACAUCGGGCUGACUCAUCAUGCAGUCUCCCUGCAGCAGGACAGACACAGAGCGAGCCUGGACGACCUGGAUGAAAUAGUUGAUGCUCACCAUAACUCUAUAUCACCUGACUUGUAUACAGUGAGUGAUUUCCCAGACGAUCCGAAGGGUUUUCCCCCCGUACCCCCAGGGACACAUCCUGUUCUUCCAAAUCCGUAUUUGUUUUGCUCCCAGUCAUCUCUCUCGCUCUGGUGUGACGCAAACUAUGGCUCAACGCCUCACAUUUUACCCAACGGUUAUACGGAGCCUACUGUGGAUGUUCCGGACAAUAUUUAUGAAAAAUUGGAAACGGAUUCAGCUUCACACAGGAGUAUUUUGUCCACGGAUGAAAAUCGCUCCCGUAGACAUGCUGCAACACAGACGUGUCCGGAGGCCACGAGCAGCGUGGUGGUGAACACUGAGCUUUAUGAACGUUUUGAGAGCUACCAGGGUGGCAUCAUCAAGCAGGAGAAGAGCAACAAGAAGCUGGAGCAGCAAAUAAAGAAAACUGAAAACUGUCUUAAACUCGAUCCAAGAAGCAGUGAAGACAUCAAGUUGAUGGAAAAUAAAUUAAAGGAGAUCACUACAAACAUACAGGUGACCAAUAAGGAGCUGGUGAUGUUCCAGCAGAAGCUGGAGGAGGAGGUGAAAAAGGACCAAAAGGAGAAGAAAACCAACCAGGAGGAGCUGAAGUCCCUAAAGAUGGAGAUGGAGCAGCUGGUGGAGGAGCAGGGGAGCCUUUCCAGGAACAUCAGACAGAAGAGGACCAGCUAUGAAGCCAAGUUUAACGACUUCUUGGAGCUGAGCAAUCAGUCAGCGGCUGAGAAGAUGAGUUUGGAGGAUGAGAUCAAUCGCUUUAAGGCUCUGUUAGCCUCUGCUGCUAGAAGGUCUCACACUGCUCAGCUGUCGGUGGCUGAAAGCAGCAGGGAUCAGGGUCUGUACGGCCUCUACAGAGAGCUGGCUGACGUCAAAGCUUUGCUGAGCAAACUGGACGAGGCGGCACACAGAACCCCAAGCCAAGAACUGGAAACGACGAGGAGCGGCUGCAAAGCUAAGGUCGAAGAAGUGGAGAAGAGCAUCUCCACCGUUGAGCGACGGUUCCAGGAGCAGCAGGAUCAAGUGAAGAAAGGCAGACGAGUCUGUGAUCUGCCUCUGGCCGAUGACAGCAGCACGCCUGAGCCUGCAGCUGCACCACUUUUUGCCGCCCACGGCGCUUCUCCUCCUGCAGCAGCCGAGGCUCCAGCCGCUCCGCUUCCUAAGCUGCAUAAACCUGCGGCCAGGAAGCCAGAUCCGCCGCAUGUCACGGUGUUCGAGAAGGCCAUGGAGAGCCUUACUGCCAUGUUUCCUGACUAUUCAAGGCCCCAUUUGACGAGGUUCGUUCAGGAGUUUCGUUUGUCCAGAGGUGGAAGCCUGAACAGCAUGCCGUUGCAGGAGGUGGUCGGCGGAGUGACGCAGCUCAUCCUCGACCAUCAGGAAAAGCUGAACACUGCCAGAGCCAACAUUGUGGGUCGAUCCGGUCCAGCUCAGGGUGCCGCCCCUCCUUUGGCGACCCACAAUCCGGUGUGGCAGAGAAUGGGAACCCAAAGAGUCAGAACUCCCAACGCUCUGAACAUGGAGGACCCGUGCAUCAUCUGCCACGAAGACAUGGGCCCAGAGGACACCUGCGUACUCGAGUGCAGACACAGCUUCCAUAAUGAGUGUAUCAGGUCAUGGUUGAAGGAGCAGAGUACCUGUCCCACCUGCAGAAACUACGCGCUGCUACCCGAAGAUUUCCCCGCUCUGUCUGGCAGGAGACGCCAAGCCCCCUGAUGUUUCAACCCCUUCACUGCCAACAUUUCUGCUUUUUAUUUUUUAAUUACUUUGUUUAUUGAAAUGCUGCUUUUGUUGUUUUUUGCUACUUUUAAGAACUGUUUAAUAACCUAUGGAAAUAAACAACUUCGUGUUGGA